GUUGAAAAAGUGGGUCAAAGAGUGAAAUAUUAAAAUUUAUUUGACAAGAAGAAAAAGACCAAUGGUCCCUCCCUAGUGAGUAAUGAGCAAAAGAAGAACAGCUUUUUGAUCCUUUUUAACACCUCACUUUCCUGUUCCUGUCUGUCCUCUGCACCCAUUAAGAUUCAUGAGUGAUCCCUAUCAGCAAUGAACUCUUCACCAAGGUUGGAUUCAGCUGUGUUUCAGCUUACACCAACUAGAACAAGGUUUGAUUUGGUCAUAACUGUGAAUGGAAAGCAAGAGAAAAUUGCAUCAGGUUUGCUCAGCCCAUUUCUAUGCCACUUGAAGGCUGCUCAAGAUCAAAUGGAUAAGGGUGGUUAUUCAAUUGUUCUUGUGCCUGAGCAUGGAUGCGAUGUCACGUGGUUUACCAGGAGAACUAUCGAAAGGUUUGUCCGGUUCGUUAGCACACCUGAGAUACUGGAACGGGUAUAUACCAUAGAAUCUGAAAUCUUACAAAUUGAAGAGGCAAUUGCAAUUCAAGGAAAUAAUUCCAUAGGGAUUGGCACUGUGGAAGAAAACCAAAUAAAACAAGUGGAAAGCACUGAAGGGACUUUUGAAAGGACAGGAAGGAAGAUUAAGCAGGAUAGUAAUGUGGAGAAAGCGGUUGUUCCUUACAAGUCUGAUACACAGCCACCUGAAGCAAAUGGAAGCACCUCGUCACAAGGAAAAUCAAAAGUUCAGCUUUUGAGGGUCCUAGAGACACGUAAGUUGGUUCUGCAUAAAGAGCAAGGAAUGGCAUUUGCACGCGCUGUUGCUGCAGGUUUUGACAUUGACUCCAUACCAGCUUUGAUGUCAUUUGCUGAAUGCUUCGAAGCGUCACGCUUGAUGGAUGCAUGUAGAAAAUUCAUGUCUCUAUGGAAAAUAAAGCAUGAGAAUGGCCUAUGGCUUGAAAUCGAAACUUCUGAAGUGACACCUAAUCGUGCAGACUUCUCUACAAUAAAUACAUCCCACACUGAAAUGGACUCAGAAAGUAACGGUGGGAAAACAAAUUCAGGAAACCAAGCUAAUAUUCAAGAUCAAUUUUCUCAUCAUGGAUUCUCCCCUUGGCCUGUUCAUUCUCUCCCAGGUGCUUUGCCAGUGUUCCAUCCAUAUGCAGUCGAAGGCGUACCCUACUAUCCGAGUUAUCCAGGAAACAGUGCAUUUACGCAGCCAGGUUGUCCGCCUAUGGAGGAUCCCCGACUACAUGCUGAUCAAAGUGUUCGACAUAGAAGACAUUCCAUGGAUAAUAGACACGGCAAUACUGAUUCCAAAAAUUGGGACAUAGAAACUUCGAAACCAAGGUUUAAGGAUGAAAUGGAUAUAGAGAGGGAAGGUUUACAGACUGGAGACCGACGGAAGAAGACUAGUCGAUCAGACAGACAUAAAUCUAGCACGGUGGUCAUCCGAAAUAUCAAUUACAUAGCAAAGACUGAACAUUCUUCUGGCAGUGGAUCAUAUUCUGAUUCUGCUACCGAAACCGAUGAAGAUAAAGAAGUUCACAAAUCUGUGAAGACCUCAAAAAGAAGAGGAUCUGGUAAGGCAUCUUUGAAGAGGUUGAAUUCAACUGAUAAGGAAGAAACAGAUGGAGGACAUUGGCAAGCAUUCCAAAAUUAUUUAUUGAAAGGUGUAGAUGAAGAUAGACAUGCCAUUAACCAAAACCAGUUUGAAAUGGAAAAAGGCGAUCAUGUGAGAAGAAAAAAACAUGUUGCAGCCAAAGAUCCUUUAGAUUUGACUGGUAAUUCACAUCCUUCAUCAGAUGUGGCUGCUGUCAAUGGACAGUGUUAUUCAAACACUGAUUUGGAAAAGAAGUUGUUUCAUAAUAUGAAUGAUGACUCAAUCAUGGUUGAACACAGAGUCAAUGGUCCAGUAAAUAUUGAGGGAAAUGCGAUUGAUAUGGGCUCCGAUUUCCCGAAUGUGUAUACAAAGGAAGGAAAACGGAAAAUCUCCAACUAUCAACCAGCUGAAUUGAGCUUGUUGCCUGAACGGGGAGCUGAUAAAGGGUCAAUGCGUUAUGACUGUGCACUAGACUAUGAAAUGCAGGCCCAAGCUGUAGGUGGUUCUUCACAAGAUAAAAAGAACAAAGGGGUAUUGUCUCGUCAUACCAAACCAGGAUCAAAGAUGCUGGAUAAGGAGCAGAAAUCUAAACCUACACCAAGUAGUUCUGAUAGAAAAAAGACCAUUGGGCCAAUAAGAAGGGGUAAACCGAAUAAACCGAGUCCAUUGGAUGAAGCACGAGCACGUGCUGAAAGACUGCGUAACUACAAAGCAGAUCUCCAAAAACUGAAGAAAGAGAAGGAAGAGGAAGAUAUAAAACGUAUAGAGGCUUUAAAGAAGGAGAGGCAAAAGAGAAUCGCUGCUAGGAGUAGCUCAGUCACCAAACCAACCACCAAAUCAACCAUGCCAUCACAGCAAACAAAGAAACAGUUUCAAACAAAAUUUUUGUCAACCGUGCAUAAAGGAUCAAAGUUUAGUGAUUCAGAGCCAAGAUCAUCCUUACCCUUCCAAAGAUUCCCUAUCAGAACUGUUUCUGGUGGAUCCAAUGAUUCUUUAAAACCCUCUAAAACCAGCAGACUGAGUGCUGGCAGUAGCAACUCAGUUACAAGCAAAUUAAGGCGAUCAGUGCCUCUUUUGCCUGAACCUAAGCAAGGGAAGGGUGAUUGUGCAAACAAUACAAAGGCAUCAAUAACAAGCAGCAGAAGAUUCUCAGAACCUAAAAUGAGUACCAUUCGUCCGACUUCUUUAGUUAAACCACGGAGCUCUAGGACAAUUUCAAGGACUAAGGCAGUUGAAGAGACGGAGAGAAAAAAGAUUUCUGCUAUUGUGAAUUAUGAUAAAGACAAGAUUGCAACCCUUCCAGAACUGAAAAUCAGAAUAUCUAAAGAGAAGCCACAAAAGCUUAAUGUUGACAAGCCUUCUAUGAAUUCAGAAGGUGCCUUGCUGAAGAAAAGUGAAAGUGAAAUUUCAACCACUGACAAUAGAGAUGAAAUUCCUAUGAUUGAUAAGACUGUUGUGAUGCUUGAGGGUGAAAAAAAACCUUCUGCCCUUGAUAUCAACGAUGAGAAACCAAGAGGGAAAACAACGAUAGCAAAGAGACAAGAUGACAAAGAUAAAGCAAUGGAGAAAACUGAGAGAGUAUCAAGUUGUACUGCUGUUUGUGCACCGGCUUCAUCCUUAAGAACAAAUAUGGUACACAUAGGAACCUUGGAGAACCAGUCACAAGUGAAGCACAUAUCCUCGAAGGUUAAAAUGAAUAAUACAAAGAAUGAACCUUCAAAAUCAUCAUCUAGCAGUCGUGUUGCCGAGGAAUCAUCUCGUGCCCCAUACUCUCGAGGUUCUUCUUUGGAAGAUGGCCAUGCACAAAAUUCUGAGUAUGGUAAAGCACCUCCCACGAGCUUGGAAACUACAUCAAUCGGUAUGGAGACUUUCAGAGCACACGUGUCUGAUACCAGGAACUCUACACUUGAAAAAAUUCCCGAGGUAAAUGAAAAUCCCCAGGCGAAGGAGCCAUCGAAAGGGUUUAGACGACUGUUAAAGUUCGGUAAAAAGAAUCACAACUCAGCUACUGGGCACAGUAUGGAUUCAGAUCAUGCCAAUGAAAUUGGAGCGAAUGGUUCCACCAAUGAAGUUCCCACUUUGCGGAAUUUGCUUUCUCGAGAUGAAACUCUCUCAACCAACGCAACUCCUCAAAAGCCUACUCGUUCUUUCUCCUUGUUAUCGCCGUUUCGAAGCAACAGCCGAGAAAAAAAGAUAAUGAUGGCUUGAUAAAACUGAUUCUGCUAUUUGAGGUUGAUGUCGUGACCAUUUACUCAAUUCUUUUUCUCUUUUCCUGAGCUUCAAUGGUCCUGAAUUAUUUUUGUCUAGCUGAAAACAUCAGAGUAAAUAAAUAUAUUGCUGUUGCCUUUUUAAAUUUAAUCAAUGGUCAUUCUUGCAUUUUAUUGUAUAUAGUGCAUUCCUUUA